AAAAACUAGGAAGGACCGAAUCGCGAAAAUUAUAAAUAUUUCUCUCGGAUGACGUUCAGUGUAAAGCCGAGGAGAAGAGGAACCGAGAGCGAGCGGGGUAUUCUCGUUAGGGUUUCUGAGUAGAGAAACUAGAAGAGGAGGAGAAAGUCCACGAAAUCGAAGAAGCCGAAGAAAAUAAAAGACAGAAAGGUUGUGUUAUUUCUCUUCUAGUAAUUGGAAAGUGUACUAUUGUUGUUGUUGUUGUAAUAGCAUGGUGGAAGCGGACACGUUGCAAGGUCUUGAAUUCAAAUGGGGACAAAUGAAAGGAAGGGGUGGGAAGAAGAAAGAUGUUCAGUUUUAUGGCUCUUUUAAAUAUGAUGGUGUGGAGUACUGUCUUUAUGAUUCUGUUUAUCUUUUUAAGGACGGUGAACCCGAGCCUUAUAUUGGUAAGCUCAUUAAGAUAUGGGAAGGUGGUGAUAAAAAAAAGAAAGUGAAAGUUUUAUGGUUUUUUCGCCCUCGUGAGAUUUCUAGCUUUUUUGGGGUGGAAGAAGCUUCUGAAAAUGAAUUAUUCUUGGCAUCUGGUGAAGGUCUGGGCCUGUGCAACAUCAAUCCUUUGGAAGCAAUUGCUGGAAAAUGCAAUGUGGUUUGCAUUUCAAAAGACAGCAGAAAUCCUCAACCAACAGAUGAAAAGCUUCAAAUGGCAGACUACAUAUUUCGCAGGACAUUUGACGUUGGUACCUAUAAGGUCAUGGAUAAGAUAGAUGACGAAAUUGCUGGAACUGAUGUUAAAUUGUUACUUAAUAAAAUGGAUAAUAAGAGAGAUGCUGGUACUCAGAAAUUUGAUUCAGAAAGGAAAGAGGUUAGUCAAAAUGCUGGACAAAAUGAUGCUACAGUUAAUACAACUGAGAGGAACUUAUUUCCAAAAUGUGCAGCUGUAAAAACAAAUGGUUAUCGUGUUGUUGAAUCACCAAUUCCUGCUGCUGAAUUGGAUGCCUCUUCAAUUAAACAGAAUUCUUAUCCCACAGAAAAGACUGCUUCUGGUUUAUUCAUUACAUCAGGUGACCUGGCAAAUGCUAAUGAGAUCAAAGAAAAUGUAUCACAUCGCUUGCCCUUAGUUGAGAGUGAAGAAAAAGUUAAAAGUGCUUCUAUUGAAUUGGAUAAUAGACCUUCUAAGAAGGCAAAGCUUAACUCUGAUUAUGUAGACAGAAGCAAAAAAAGAAUGAAUCCACCAAGAUCUAAUUUUGAUACCAGUUGUAAGGAGGCUGCAGCACCAGCUGUUUCUCCUGAUGGUGGUAAAUAUAAAUUAAAACAUUUUAAGGAUUCUUCAGGGACAGAGAAAAGAUUUUCCAAGAAACUGAAACGUUAUAAUGAAACUGUGGUUCUUUCUAAUGGAAAAUUGUUGAAAGCACCUGCUGACCAAUCUCAUAAUGAUGAUUGUAAAUCUGAUGGGCAAGACUUGGAAGUUGCUCCUAGACCAGAUGCUGAUAGAAGAAAAUGGUUUAAGGGACUUCCUUGGGAUGAUCAAUUGCGGACUGCAUAUGAACAAGGAACACUUGUUUUACUUCAGAAUUUGGAUCCUUCUUAUACUAAAGAAGAAGUUAAGGAUAUUGUGUGGCAUGGUUUCAAGGAAAGUUGCGCAGCAAAGAUGAUCCAACAAAGAAUGUUUUCUAGUCCUUAUUCUGGUGAAGCUUUUGUUAUUUUCAAGAAAAAGGACAUAGCAGAGAAGGUGGUUAAGAGAUUAGAUGAGGGUUGUUUGUUAUUAUCAAAUGGGAGGCCUCUUGUAGGUAGGUUAGGAACUCCUUGCUUCCUAGAGAGAAAGCCAACAUUCCAUGGCCAUCUUGUUAUCGAUAAACUUCGAUACCAAAUGCCGCGGGAGCAGAGAGAUGCUGUAUCUACUUCACAUUGUUCUCAGCCUAAUACAUAUGAAUAUGAUAUGGCAAUGGAGUGGAUCUUAUUACAAGAAAGAUCCGACUUUCUUUGGAAGAAGUUGUAUCGGGAACAGGAACAGGAGUCGAGAAAACUAAUGACAAAGCUCAAAGCUGGAAAUAAACUGAUGUUGUGAGCUUGGUCUUAUUGGUUUUUUUUUCCCUCUUAGAUUGGAAAUCACGAGGCAUCAAUCCCCCUUCUUUUGGAACUUUUUUUGUGUGGGAGUCCCUCAAAUACGAGGAUAUUCGGAUUUGUUGCAUACCGUUGGUGAAAACUAUGUUCUCACCCUUUGCAGGACGAGAGUGUGUAGAGACGAGCUUUUACUUGGAGCAUACGUAAGUUUUUUUUUUCUUUUGGUUGCCAUGCUUCAUCCUUUGUUGAAGUAUGUUUUCCCAUGUCUCAAUCACUGAGACUGGUUCGAGUAGUUUGAUAUAGUUUUUGGCGCAUGAUGGGUAUAACGUGUAUUUUAGAAUAUGAAAUUAAUUUGUAGAUAUUUUAGAGCACAAACGGUCUUUAGAAGUUUUGUAUAGUCACAUUGUUAGAUAUCUUAGUUUCGUAAUGAAACAUUGAUAGAUACCUUUUAUAUUA